AUGGACAUUUCCAUCGUGGAGAAAACGUUGAAAUUUACGAAAAAAAAUAAUCGGUUGAAAUAUCCGCCAUAUGAUAACAUAAAAUUGUCAGAGCUGACUCUGAGAUCACCGCUUAAUCAAGACAACUUGCUGUUCAAAGACAUUUACAAGAACAAAAUUAACGAAAAGAUUGGAAGUAUCAAGCGGAAAAGGCAGGCUUCUACAAUCAGUGACCUAAAUGGCCUCAUGGUUAAAGGUCACGAAUCCUUGCCACCAAAAUCUGAUAAUACUAAGAUGGCUAAAGAGCCAAAUGCUUCAAAAGGAUCAUAUAGAGAAAAGUUGCCUAAGAUUAAAGAAAAUGCUCACUUUCAUCUCCAAAACGAAACUCCCAUUAAGGGAUCUGGUGGCCAAAUUUUUCAAAUGAGGAGUUCAAAUCUUAACAAGCUCAUCGAGCGGGGCCUGUUUGUUUGUCAAUUAAACGAGGCUCAGUCUGCUAAAAAGACUUCAGAUUCCUUGCAGAAUUAUUAUAAAUAAAUCCCAAAAUAACAGAAAUUACAGGAUUAAAGACCAAAAAUAGUGAAUAUUUCACGCAAACUAGUCACAAAAUAAUAGAUCUGAGCAACAGAAAUCCGCACACAAGGUCUCGGUCUCCUUUCAAGAGUGCUAGCAAGGGAUCCAUCAGGAAGGGAUCCAAUGUGGCUAAAAAUAGGGAAAAUGGGAUAAGAUCAGUCAAAACUGAUGUCAAAAGUGGGUUUAUUCCUAUGAUAAAUCACAAUUCUGUUACUACCAAUAAUAAUGACUCGAUUCAAGAAGGUCUAAACUCAGGGAUUGAAGAGAGUAAAGGAAACCUCAAGCCUAAUACAAAAGAGUCAUCCGCAGCCAAAGAUAGGUACAGAGGAACGAGGAAGGGGACCAAGAAUAGGAAGAAAGACAUAGUCUCUCUAAACCAGCCCUUUACACCGAACAAGAUCUAUAUUGACAAUGGAUCUGGUGUUGAUACGGUAAUUCACAACUUAAAUUCGGUUUCAACGAGAAAGUUUGGGUCGCCGAUAAACGGGCCAAUCCUGCGUCAGGACCUUGGGUUUAUUUCAGGACAACGAUAUAUUCACUCAAAAUAGAGUUGUGGAGGAGGAUGACCUCCAAAAUUUGCUUACUAAAGGCCGGAUAAAUUUCCCUCCGAUUCUUGAAAAGCAACUAGAAAGCAAGGUUAAGCAGAGCAUGGAAAUUUUCCCUACCAAGAGAGGUGGUCGCCAUCGGCCCAGAGGCGCAGAAGAUCACCAGUUGUUGAUAAAAUAAGUUAGACACUCGCUUAACUAACCUAAAAGAUGUCUUAGCCCAGGAUGAGCCCAGUGAGAGGAGGAUGAAAUCUGAAUCUUUACAAAUCUCAGAGAAGAUAAAACUCCCUUGAAAAGAUAAAGAUUGUAGCGAAAAUCCCUCUAAGCUUCUUAAAGUCAUCAAAUUUCGUCACAAAGGACGGGAAUAUUACCAAUCAAAGGCUGAAGAACGGAUCCAGAAGAUCCAAAAAGCUAGCCUAGCUCAGUCUAAGCAUAAGGAAGUGGUUUCUCGUGGGGUUCAUCAGUUCUGUACGGACUCUGCAUUCAACACAUUGUUACGUAAUUUCAACGAUUUCAUUACAAUGACUAGCAGAAAAGCGAAUUCUAGAGAGGAGGCUAACAUAAUUUCAGAGGCAAGCAAGAAGUUAGGAGUAAAACCCUUAAAGAAUAUGUUUCUUGACUACUACUCUUCAAAUGAGCUUAUCGAAGAAGUCCGGAAUAAAGUCCUUGAAAGUUUCCUCCGAAUCAUUAAUAAACAAAACCAUGUUUCUGAGUCAAGAGAAGAUGAAAAACAAGAUAACCAAGGGAAGCAGAACAACGGCUUCAAAGCCUUCAUUCAAAAAGGUAACCAUGGAACUAUCGUUAAAACUAUACUUAACAGGAGAUCAUGGUGGUCUAUUCAAGACUCCCACGAUGAGAAUUAUGAGACUACUGAUUUCAUAUGGACUCAAUGGAUUAAACAACCGAUUGUGGAAAGUCUCCCAAUAGAGCCUACUGAGGAUCCGCCUAUAAGAACUUAUGGAAAAUUAGAGGGGAACUUCAAUUUGUCAAACAAGAACUCAUUGACAAAGAAUCUGACUAGUUAUUAUGAAGAGGCUGGAGAAGACGCCACUGAGAACAUCCCUCUAACUUUCCUUGUCUCUGGAGGUAGCACAGACUCUUCAUUCACUAGUUUUGAACAAUAUUUCACAAAAAUUUCUGAAAAUUCCAUACAGGAGAACAAGUGGAUCUGAAAGCCGGGAGAAAAUAGCAACAGAGGCCAGCACAUCUGUGUCCUGGACGAUCUCAAGCGGAUCAGUGAGUACGUUAACACAGGUGUGAGAGCGUGAUACAUUAUUCAGAAAUAUAUCAGUAACCCUCUUCUGAUCAACAAGCGUAAAUUUGACAUCAGGUGAUUCUCCCUUUUGACCUCUAUAAAUGGGCAAAAUCAUGGUUUCUUCUACCAAGACGGUUACCUCAGGACUGCUUCAAAGGAGUACAACCCUGACAACCUAGAAGACAAAUUUGUCCAUUUAACAAACGACGCUAUUCAAAAAUAAGUCAGAGGAUUAUGGAAAGUACGAGAGCAGUAAUAAAUUGUCCUUUCAGGAUUUUGAGAAGUAUUUGGAGCAGAAUUACCCUAACCAGAAUUUGGAUGGACAUGCGUGAUUUUACACACAUAUUUAUCCACAGAUAAAGAAGCUAGUCAGAGAUACAUUUUUAGCAAGUGAGGGGAAGAUUAACCCUAAAAAGAGGUCAAACUGCUUUGAACUAUUCGGCUAUGAUUUCAUGGUGACUGAUGAUUUCAAGGUGUAUUUGAUCGAAGUAAACACCAAUCCUUGCCUCGAGACGCCAUGAUCGCUGCUGUCGAGGAUAAUCUCGUCGGUAUUAGAUAAUUCUUUUAGGAUAGCCCUGGACCCAUUAACGUACACUCAUAAUAACAAGAUGAUCUUCCUGGGUGAGUCAAAUAAUAACUUGAGUAAGUUCGAACUUGUUUAUGCAGAUAAUCAGACCUAAAUAUUCCUAAUAUUUCAGUUGAAU